CGCCGCUCGGCCUCCCCGCGCGCGCGCGGGCCGGGCCGGCCAAGGGAUGCAGCCGCCGCAGCCACCGCAGCCGGAGCGCAGAGCGGCCUGAAGCGCGCGGGCCCGGGGGGAGGGCGGGUCGAGGGGAGGGUCCCGCGGGCCGGGGGGGCGGGCGCGGCGCGCCCCCUCCCUCGCGCGCUCGCGCCCUCCCUCGCCGCCUCCGGCCCCCCCUCGCCGGGGACCGAGCGCGCUCGCUCCGGCGCGGGCCUCGCCUCCUCGCAGCAGCGCCAUGGAUGAGUUCCACCCGUUCAUCGAGGCGCUGCUGCCGCACGUCCGCGCCUUCGCCUACACCUGGUUCAACCUGCAGGCGCGCAAACGCAAGUACUUCAAGAAGCACGAGAAGCGGAUGUCCAAGGAUGAGGAGCGCGCGGUGAAGGAUGAGCUGCUGGGCGAGAAGCCCGAGGUCAAGCAGAAGUGGGCAUCCCGGCUGUUGGCCAAGCUGCGCAAGGACAUCCGGCCCGAGUGCCGCGAGGACUUCGUGCUGGCCAUCACGGGCAAGAAGCCGCCGGGCUGCGUGCUCUCCAACCCCGACCAGAAGGGCAAGAUGCGUCGCAUCGACUGCCUGCGUCAGGCCGACAAGGUGUGGCGACUGGACCUGGUCAUGGUCAUCCUGUUCAAGGGCAUCCCACUCGAGAGCACGGACGGCGAGCGCCUGGUGAAAGCAGCGCAGUGCGGCCACCCCGUGCUCUGCGUGCAGCCCCACCACAUCGGUGUGGCCGUCAAGGAGCUUGAUCUCUACCUGGCCUACUUCGUGCGAGAGCGUGACACAGAGCAGAGUGGCAGCCCCCGGGCAGGCAUGGGGACCGACCAGGAGGACAGCAAGCCGGUCACGCUGGACACCACUGACUUCCAGGAGAGUUUCAUCACCUCCGGCGUGUUCAGCGUCACCGAGCUCAUCCAGGUGUCACGCACUCCCGUGGUCACCGGGACAGGACCCAACUUCUCUCUGGGGGAGCUGCAGGGGCACCUGGCCUACGACCUGAACCCGGCCGGCACGGGCGUGCGACGGACGCUCCCCAGCACCUCCUCCAGCGGGAGCAAGCGGCACAAAUCCGGCUCGAUGGAGGACGACGUGGACACGAGCCCCGGCGGCGACUACUACACCUCGCCCAACUCGCCCACGAGUAGCAGCCGCAACUGGACUGAGGACAUGGAAGGAGGCAUCUCUUCGCCGGUGAAGAAGACCGAGAUGGACAAGUCACCCUUUCACAGCCCGUCGCCCCAGGACUCGCCCCGUCUCUCCAGCUUCACGCAGCACCACCGGCCGGUGAUCGCGGUGCACAGCGGCAUCGCCCGCAGCCCCCACCCGUCCUCGGCCCUACACUUCCCCACCACGUCCAUUCUGCCCCAGACGGCCUCCACCUACUUCCCCCACACGGCCAUCCGCUACCCGCCUCAUCUCAACCCUCAGGACCCGCUCAAAGAUCUCGUCUCGCUGGCCUGCGAUCCGGCCAGCCAGCAGCCGGGCCCGCCUACUCUACGCCCGACACGUCCCCUGCAAACCGUUCCUUUGUGGGAUUAGCAACAAGGGAUUCCGCGGGCGGUGUUCAGGCACAGUCCUGGUACCUGGGAUAGCGAAGGUCCUCGUCCCCCCCAUCCAACGCCCCUUCUCAUCAUCCAACGAAUCCCAGGGGGCACCCCAGCCAGCGCCCCCUCCCCCACGCCACUCUGUCGGUGGAAAACUAGAGCGAGCAAGAAGAGCCCUGCCACCUCCCAGCCCGGCCGAAAAGACAAAACAGCCACACUGAUGCAGGAGGAAGAGGGAGAGCUCCCCGUGGGAGGGGGCGCGGCGCAGAAC